AUGGAAACAGACUGUAAUCCCGUGGAGCUGAGCAGUAUGUCAGGAUUCGAAGGAGAUGCAGCACUUAAUGGCUUUGAAAGAACAGAUAUGAAAGACAUGCGGCUGGAAGCUGAAGCAGUUGUUAAUGCUGUUCUCUUUGCUGUGAGCAAAACCUAACGCUGUGCCGCUGAUGUGACCUGUAUCAAUGUGGAAACAAGAGAAAGGAACAGAUACUGCCUGGCGCUCACUGAAGCAGGGCUCAGGGUGGUAGGUUAUGCAUUUGACCAGGUGGAUGACCAUCUUCAAACUCCCUACCACGAAACGGUCUACCCUUUGUUGGACGCACUCAGCCCUGCCGACCAGGAAGCAUUUGGAAAUGCACUCCUUCAAAGGCUGGAAGCUUCGAACAGGACAGUCAUGACUAAGUUUUUUUCCCGUGAGAGGGGGCUGCUGCCGGUACAAAAUGCUGACAUAAAGCUUGAAGUUCCUGCCAUCAGCGACCUUAGAGAAGCCUGCGGAAGGCUGCUCCCACCUGGGACCCAUGGGCAGUGCCCACCGUCCCCCUCCUGCCAGCAAGAGUCUGGAGAGCCUCUUAUUGGCUCCCAAAUGCCAUAG